GUAUGCAAGUUCUUUGAAUGAUGGAGGAGGUACGGACGGCAGACAUACUGCGAAAAAGGAGAUCUCGCAUCUUCCCUGCUGAAUUGUGUAACUGAAAUCUGUGGUGUUUUUAUUUUAUGUUGUCUUCAUAUUGAAUACUUUCUAUAGAGCUAUAUUUAUAUUCUCUGAUUUUAAUGGUCUUCUGUUCAACCCAAUUACCUCUGUAACUAGAUCUCCAGUUUGCUUAAGGAAAAAAAAAGCACAAUGUCACGUUCACGACAACCCCCCCUUGUGACAGGCAUCUCUCCAAAUGAAGGUAUAUCAUGGACGAAGGUCACAAUUAGAGGAGAAAACCUGGGGACUGGUCCAACCGACCUCAUAGGUUUGACAAUUUGUGGACAUAAUUGCCUCCUGACAGCAGAAUGGAUGUCUGCAAGUAAAAUAGUAUGUCGUGUGGGACAAGCCAAAAAUGACAAAGGAGACAUAAUUGUCACAACCAAAUCAGGUGGCAAAGGAACCUCAACAGUCUCUUUCAAGCUACUCAAACCUGAAAAAAUAGGUAUUUUGGACCAGUCUGCUGUGUGGGUUGAUGAAAUGAAUUAUUAUGAUAUGCGUACUGACAGGAAUAAAGGAAUUCCUCCCUUGUCCCUGCGUCCUGCUAAUCCACUUGGCAUUGAGAUCGAAAAAAGUAAAUUUCCCCAGAAGGAAUUGGAAAAGCUGUUUCCUGGAAUGAGUGCUGAUUUUACAAGUGAGAAUUUUUCAGCUGCCUGGUAUCUUAUAGAGAACCACUCAACCACCAGUUUUGAACAGCUCAAAAUGGCAGUCACCAACCUGAAGAGACAGGCUAACAAGAAGAGUGAAAGCAGCCUGGCCUGUGUGAAAGGGGGUCUUAGUACUUUCUUUGAAGCCCAGGAUGCUCUCUCAGCCAUCCAUCAGAAACUAGAAGCAGAUGGAACGGAAAAAGUAGAAGGAUCCAUGACGCAAAAACUGGAGAAUGUUCUGAACAGAGCAAGUAAUACUGCAGACACAUUGUUUCAGGAAGUAUUAGGUCGAAAGGACAAGGCAGAUUCCACUAGAAACGCACUCAAUGUGCUCCAGCGAUUUAAGUUUCUUUUCAACCUUCCUCUAAAUAUUGAAAGGAAUAUUCAAAAGGGUGAUUACGAUGUGGUUAUUAAUGAUUAUGAAAAGGCCAAGUCACUUUUUGGGAAAACGGAGGUGCAAGUCUUCAAGAAAUAUUAUGCUGAAGUAGAAACACGGAUUGAAGCUUUAAGAGAAUUACUUCUGGAUAAAUUGCUUGAGACACCAUCUACUUUACAUGACCAAAAACGUUAUAUAAGGUACCUGUCUGACCUUCAUGCGCCGGGUGACCCUGCUUGGCAGUGUAUUGGAGCCCAACACAGAUGGAUCCUUCAGCUCAUGCACAGCUGCAAGGAGGGCUACAUCCAAGAUCUGAAAGGCACUGCAGGCCUGCACAGUCCCAUGGUGGAUCUGGAUAACGAUGUACGUCCCUCAGUGUUGGGUCAUCUUAGUCAGACAGCAUCACUGAAGAGGGGCAGCAGCUUUCAGUCUGGUCGAGAUGACACAUGGAGAUACAAAUCUCCCCACCGGGUAGCAUUUGUUGAAAAAUUGACCAAACUUGUUUUAAGUCAGCUGCCUAACUUCUGGAAGCUCUGGAUUUCAUAUGUUAAUGGAAGCCUUUUCAGUGAGACUGCUGAGAAGUCAGGCCAGAUUGAAAGAUCAAAGAAUGUCAGGCAAAGACAAAAUGAUUUUAAGAAAAUGAUUCAGGAAGUAAUGCACUGUCUCGUGAAGCUGGUCCGUGGAGCGCUGCUCCCACUCAGCGUCCCAGAGGGGGGAGUGAAGCAGUAUGGAGGCUGGGACGUGAAGUCUGAGCUCUCUGGACAGUGGCUCACUCAUGUCAUCCAGACCAUAAGGCUUACUUAUGAAUCGCUGACUGCACUUGAAAUUCCUAAUGACAUGUUACAGACUAUCCAGGAUCUCAUUUUGGACCUCCGAGUACGUUGUGUGAUGGUCACGUUGCAGCACACGGCAGAAGAAAUAAAGAGGUUAGCUGAAAAGGAAGACUGGAUUGUUGAUAAUGAAGGACUGACUUCUCUACCAUAUCAGUUUGAACAGUGCAUUGUACAUUCUCUGCAAUCACUUAAAGGAGUUCUAGACUGCAAGCCUGGAGAAGCCAGUGUCUUUCAACAACCGAAAACACAGGAGGAGGUUUGCCAACUAAGCAUCAAUAUCAUGCAGAUUUUUAUAUAUUGUCUGGAACAAUUGAGCACCAAGCCUGAUGCAGAUGUAGAUACUACACACCUUUCUGUUGAUGUUUCUUCUCCUGAUUUGUUUGGAAGUAUUCAUGAAGACUUCAGUUUGACUUCUGAACAGCAACUUUUGAUAGUCCUAAGUAAUUGCUGCUACCUGCAACGUCACACCUUCCUAAAUAUAGCAGAACAUUUUGAAAAGUACAACUUCCAGGGAAUAGAAAAAAUAACACAGCCAGUCUCAUUGCUUUCAUUGACUUUCCUGGUUAGCAUGGCCUCACUGAAAGAGUUAGACCAAAGACUAUUUGAGAAUUACAUUGAAUUGAAAGCAGAUCCCAUCGUUGGCUCCUUAGAACCUGGAAUUUAUGCAGGCUAUUUUGAUUGGAAGGACUGCCUGCCUCCAACAGGUGUCAGGAACUAUUUAAAAGAAGCACUGGUGAACAUAAUUGCAGUGCAUGCAGAGGUGUUCACUAUUUCUAAAGAAUUGGUGCCUCGGGUCCUAUCCAAGGUGGUGGAAGCAGUUUCUGAAGAGCUCAGUCGACUGAUGCAGUGUGUUUCAUCCUUCAGCAAAAACGGAGCAUUACAGGCGAGGCUUGAAGUCUGUGCCCUGAGGGACACUGUGGCUGUCCACCUGACGCCUGAGAGCAGAACUUGGACUGUUUCAGCCGGAGUGUCGCCCUCGUGUUGCAGGUCCAGUUUCAAACAGGCCGUGGAGGCGCUGCCCCAGCUGUCCAGCGCGGCCGACAAGAAGCUACUGGAAGAGCUGCUGAACAAGUUCAGGAGCAGCAUGCACUUGCAACUCACCUGCUUCCAAGCUGCUUCUUCAACCAUGAUGAAAACGUAAAUGCCUCCAAAAUAAAGGCGACCCAAAAAUCACAAGUGAUGAAAUUAUUCUCUUUCUUAAUUGCCCUAAAGGUAUUGUAUAUAAAGCAUUAGAUUUGCAGUUUCUCUCUCUUUUUUCCCCCUCCCGAAUUUGUAGCUUAGAAGGAUGUUGGUAUAUAUUUUAUUUCAACCAAAAUACCCUUAUUUGAAAUGCCAUCAGUAUUUGUUUUGUCAUUUUUAUUACAUUAAGUCCUGUAUGACUUCAAACUUUAAAUCUGUCUAUUUUGUCUUAGCUAGGUGUUCAUGGCGAGUGCCGCAGGAAGUUACUUUUUCGGGGCGUUUUUGAGGCAGCAUGUGAUGUGUACUAAAGCAUUAUUCAGUGUCUCGUUUACUAAAAUUUCUGCGUCGGCAGCUUCCAAGACACAUGGACAGAUUGAUAAGAGAUUUGGAAAGUUCUGUUUAGACAUCUUAGGAGGUUAUAGUUCUAGCUCCUAGCUCUCCUGAUUCAAGAUGUUUAGAAAAUUUGUGGUCUGCAUUAAAAAAAGGUUAUAUUUGCAGUAGAUCAUUUGUGGUCCAGAUGUCCAUGAGUUAGUGACCUUUGCAUUUUGCUGCCUAAUUUUUAUUUUCACAGUGCUAAAUAUUAAGUGUCUUUUCAACAUAACUCUUUUGUUUUGGUGUCUCUCACUCUUAAAUUGAUGUGUCACUUCCUGUCAGUGUGUUACCUGUCCCUGAAGAACCCUCUGUUACAUGCUUGGAUACCAUGUAGGUGCUAUUUGGAACAGCUGCUGUCUUCACGUCUCCUAAAGAGCACACCAGGCCCCAGGGCGAGAGCCGGCACAGCUGCCCAUGCCGGCUGCUCCCCCCUGGCCAGCUCUUUUCUCUCCACUUCCUGCCCUUUGAAGUACCCGCUCAGGAGCUCACUAGGCAGUAGGAGCUGCUGAUGAACCACAGACGUGUGUUCAGGUCAUGGUGAGGUCUUUCAGGUCAGUCCCCUCAUACACACUUCAUCUUACCGUUCGCUUCAGAAAAUGAAUAGUCUGUGUCAGGGCUUUCCAACUAUUCUGUGGGUAUCACAGAAUCUCCUUUUU